AUGGAGACGCCUACAGCACGGCCACGAGAGGCCGCGCAGCACGGGCGGAGACGGGCAGUGGGCGCAGACUGGCACUCGAGUCAGGCCGAUCCGUCCAAGGCGGGCCUGUUCGAUGAUGUCGGGGACUGCAUCCUGUUGUUCGGGGGGUUCUGCAAUGGCAACAUGGGUGAUGUGGUGCAACCAAUCGCGAUGCAAGACCUCCUAGCUUCUGUCGCGCCGGACCAGUGUUUUUGGUACGCGCACCCGGCCGAUGAAGAUGUCGAAAGGGGUUACCGUAUCGGCGAGUUUUUCGGCGGGGACGACUCGAAGGUGUUCCCCCUCACGCCCGACCUCGCUUGGAAGGUAAAUCGGUUCAAGGCCUUGGUUAUCGGUGGCGGAGGGAUUUUCGCAGCGAUCCACCAGCCGUUGCCAAACGACCAGUUCGUAGAGGCCUUGACCCUGCCGAUAGUCGUGAUGGGAGUGGGAGCAUCCUCCCGCGCGAUGAUCUACAGCAAGCUGCUGUCGAAGGCGGUGUUCGUGUCCGGCCGCGAUGAGACGUCGAUCCAAACGUUCAAGUCCAUGCUGGGGCGCGAUCCCAACGCGACCGUGGCCCCCGACGACGUCGCUCUCGUGAGGGACCCCGUAUUGAGCGACAAAAUGCUGUCCGACAAAGAGGGCAGUUGCUGGAAACGGAGCGCAGGCGACGAUCAACAGCCCCUAUGUUUCGUAGUACCUGCGGCCAACACGCAGGACACGACUGAGAUGCACGAACACCUGCUCAACGCUGUGAGGCAGGGCGACAGGUUCAUCAACGUUUUCCCGAAGCAUCAGAAGGAGAUCGAAAAGUUCGCGUACCCCGGCACAGUGGAGCAAAUCGUCGAUCCGAUGGAGUACGUCGAGCAGCUGUGCAAUUGCAAGGCGAUCAUCUCGACCAGGCUCCACGGCGUGGUGCUGGGCCUGCACAUGAGCGUGCCGACCUUCGCCGCGUUCCGUCUCCCCUCGGACAACAAGUUCCUCCAGAUCGACAAGGACCUGGACCGCGACCUGGUGAACGCGGCGGUUAGUCGCGUGAGGCAGCUCUACGAGGAAGGGGAUCGCCGGGCGGUGAUCCACGACCGGCUGUCCGCGUUCCACGACGAGUUCAUCGUGCACGCGCGCCACGUGCUCGUCGACGUCCUCGGGGUCGGGGACCACCACCAGCAGCAGCAAGGACCAGAUGUGGUGACGUAUGUACAACAGGCUCAGAUCGACAACGGACUCCUGGCGCCGCAGGCGGCAGUGAGCGCCGCGGCGGCCCUGAACGGCACACCAGCGGAGUCGUCCGUGCCGUCAUGGUCGCACAAAAUGAUGCCGGCAUCUGUCGGCUUGGACUGCGUUGCCGCCUUGUUCUUGCUCUUCGCCAUCAUUGCGUUGGCCGCCUUGCCCUCGAAGACGGGCGGUGGCCGCGGUGGGGGUCGAAUCCCUCGGGUACUCAAAUCUGACGCAGCCAAUGGAGACAAGAAGGGCCUCAUUGCCGUCAGCGGCAUGGAGCCUGCCCUAGGGAAGGCCACCGCCCACCAAGAAAUGGAAGAGCACUGCGGCAUGACCGAUGCCGCCAGCCCUUCCAGCUUCAGAGAUUCCGAGCUGGGUUCCCGAGACUCUCUGUCGCCAGCACAACGAAGCCCCGCCACGAAACAGUCGGGCUUCCCAGCUACCAAGAAAGGACCGUCUCUCAACUUUCUCUUCGCGCUCAACUUCAUCCUGUGGAUAGCUCUGGCGGUGGCCUUCAGUAGGUACAGCAAGUCCUAUCUUCGGGAUACGCAGGACCCCGUAGGCCUCCUCGUUCUGCAGGGGUCGGUCGGGGUCGUGGUCCUUUGCGCUCUAGGACGUCUGGGCUUAGGUGCCACCGACGAAGGGCGUGCAGGAGGCUCGGUCAGUGUGCUAGGCCAGCUCGUGCAGCCGUUUGCUGCUAGUCGACUGGCCGGGCUAGCGGCGAUCCUCCACACCUGCCAGGCCUUUCUCACGAGCUUCUCCGUGUUCGUUGGCGGCGUUGCCGUGACGAGCGCGCUCAAGGCCACCGAGCCGGUCGCUGCCGUCGCGUUCUCGCACCUUAUCCUGGGCAAGACGGUUCACCGCAUCAAGCUGGCGUCGCUUGCGGUCAUCAUGGCGGGAAUCGUCUUGUUGACCACGAAAAGCACGGCCACAGCAGGAACCGCCCACGAGGCAGCGGAAGAGGGAGGAGCCACGCCCCACAGCCCGGUGGUGCUGGCAGCAAUGUUCACCAUGGCGGCCGUCUGCUGCAACGCUCUUCGCAACGUGCUGAUCAAGAAGGGCGACCCUGUCCCACCGCGUCAGACCCUCCUGGCCUGCAGCUUGGCAGCGGCGGCGAUCGGCGUCAGCCUCAUGGCGCUCAGGGUCGUGAUGAGGAGCAUGGACGACCUGCUCCUAGGCCCCGCUCCCGGAGGCGUGGUCGAAGCCGCGGAUGCCGCCCGUGAGGGCAACGGCGCUAGCUGGCUGAGCAUGGAGGGCGUGAACGCGGCCCUCUGCUUCGUCGGGUACAACCUCGCCUCGUUCAACCUCCUGGCCCAGCUCAGUCCGGUGGGCCACGCCGUGGGUAACUCCGUCAAGAGGGUGGUGAUGUUCGGAAGCGGGAUCCUGCUCAUGGGGGAGGUGAUGACAGGGCGGCAGCUCGGAGGCACCGCCGUAGCCCUGACGGGCGUCCUUGUGUACAAUCUCGUUGGGUCUACCGGGUAGUAUCGCUGCGAGGUGCGUGGGAUGGAUGGGGGGUUGGGGGGGAUGGAUGCUGCUUGGCGUGUUCGCAGAUAGCUUGGAGUUGCGGCGUGCAUGCACACACUAGAAUGCAGUUGGGGACGAAAGCUCGUUGGCUGCAGCUGUGAGUUUGCAGCCAAGGCAUUGCUCCCGGUCAAAGGCCGUGCAAUGUCAGUGCCACGCAUGUCCGUGGCAACGGUUGUCGUAAAGAUCAGCCCUUGUCCGUGUGAAAUGCACGAGCUUGUCGAUGGCACUGUGGGCAACCUACGGCGUGCGGCGUGUGUGCUUGAUGUGAAAAGAGUGCGAAGGCGCUCGGACGGGGUAUAGCUGUCAGAUUUUCAGAUGGAUGUGGAGAGUCGCCAAACCUUAUGCGUGGUGCGUGUUGUCUGCAGGUACUCGGAGUGUGCUCUGUCGGCGGCUGACGAUUUCCUUGCAGAACCUGGGGCGUCUCAAGUGGCGACAUUUUUUAAUAGUUCGGAGGUAUCUGUCAGGUGAAAGACAAGCCUGCCUGGGUGUAGCAUGGUUUUCAUGCCUUGUGUUUGUGGAAGGGGCGUCGGCAGAUGUGUGUAUGUUCUUUAUGCAGCAAUUAAGCUUUCAUUUCCUCAAGUACAUCAUUUCCUCUUCGCCCUCCACUAUUAUCGAGUGCGUUAAAUGGUCGAGGCUUUUUGGUGCGUCUACACGUUGGGUGUGCAACGCCGCGAAAAUGGUCAGAAAUUUCCCGUAUCGAUCCGAUCGGGCACGGUGUCGAAUACUGCGGCCUGCUCUUCCGAAUUUGACAGUAUCUAGCGACAAUUCAUUGUCUUGUACCUGUAGUCUUUUGCACUGAAAAUGGCAUCCUGUAGUUUGCAAAGGGGGUGUGCGCUGUGCGUGUAGCAGCACUGCGACGCGUUACGGGGUUGGCGGUCUGAUGUACAGUAAGUAGUACAAGGCUGGAGAGCCUGAAGUAGAGGCAUUACCGCCUCGUGCAUGUGACGCUAGAGAGCCUGAAGCAUAGAUAGAGCGUCUCGUUCUUUUUCCCACUGCCUUAUAGCUGCGUUUACGUUGGGCGUUUCCUGUUCGCUCGUCUUUGGAGUCCCCUUGGACGGUCGAUAUCUUGACCUCGUUGUGUCGAAUUUACGAUAGGCCGCUCGAUUUACGGCGGACGGAUAGGUGUUUGUGGUGCCUCUCGUCUUGACAGGUUCAUUCUGUGUCUCACUGUCUCAUUGCCCUCUUAUUCCAUGGAUGUCGUGACGUGUUUCACGGCAUGGUUCCUGCGCAGUCGUUCUCGCGCUAUUGCCUUUUCGCUCCAGCGGCGCAGUUUGUUUUUUUCCGCGUG